AUGGGAUCAACCGUAGCGGCCUCUCUUCUCCUCCUCCUAUCGGCAGUCCCUGCCGUCUUCGCCGUGACUUUCAAGGUCGGCGAUAUUUCAGGCUGGACCGCUGGUAUGGAUUACACGGCUUGGGUCACUGGAAAGACUUUCAGAGUCGGUGACACUCUAGAGUUCCAAUAUGGUUCUUCACACGCUGUCUCCGUGGUGGAUAAAGCCGGUUACGAUAGCUGCGACAGUAGUGGAGCGACACAGAGUUUUUCCGAUGGAGACACUAAGAUCGAUCUUACAACAGUAGGAACUAUGCAUUUCAUUUGUCCUAUCUUUGGUCACUGCCCCGGUGGCAUGAAGCUCGCCGUUACCGUCCUCGCCGCUGCUUCAUCUCCCUCCACCCCUUCUUCGCCGCCUUCCCCUCCUUCUCCAUCAUCUUCCCCUCCUUCUCCACCGCUUUCCCCUAAAUCUCCCCCAAAAACCGGUUCGCCCCCUCCCAAAACAGGUUCGCCACCGCCAUCUGCUUCUCCGCCGGCCGGUACGCCGGAGUCAGACCUAUUAACGCCGCCACCUUCUUCUCCUUCCGCCACGCCGGAGUCAGAGCCGUCGACACCUCCACCGCCCCCAAACGCGGCGUCUAAGGGAAUCAUGAGCUAUGGAAUGAUUGGGGCCACGAUCGUAUUGAUGUACGGUGUCAUGACCUAA